AUGUGGUUUAGUGAUGUAUACGAUAUCGCAUUAGGUUUGGGGAACUCCGUCCCACAAUAUUUGUGCAUAUUCUUAUCGACAUUGCUUGUUUUGACGCCUUUCUCUUCUGUUGAUGCUGUUCAGGAAUUCACCGUUUAUCGCGCCCAACAGUACGAUUUCCAAGGUGUUCGUAUUGCCUUAACUCGAGCAAUAUCGUCAACUGAGUACCGAUUGUUAACUGGAUCACCAGUACCAAAGCCUAUAGCUGAUAAUUAUGUGUUAAACAUAGAGGGUCUUCUUGGGAAAGAGAGUGCUAAAUCCACUAUUAUUAUUUGUGCACAUUAUGAUGCGAUUUCAGCAAUCCCUAGUUUGGCUUAUGGAGCCGAUGCAAAUGGUAGUGGUGUGGUUAUCUUACUGGAACUUGCUCGUCUAUUAUCACGUCUCUACGCAAAUGAAGCUAAUAAGUUGCCAUAUCAAAUUGUUUUCCUUUUAACUGGUGGUGGAAAAUUCAACUUUGUUGGUUCCAAACGAUGGCUUGAUCAAAAUAUUGAAGAUUCUGUUGGCUUAACUCUUUUGGAUUCUGUUGCACAUGUGAUCUGUUUGGAAGGUUUAGGUUCACCGAAUUUUGGUCAAAAUAUUUAUGCACAUGUAUCUAAGCCACCAAAAGAAGGUUCAUUUUUAUAUCAUUUUCUUAAAGCUUUAAAUGUGGCCAGUCAGUUACAUUCAUUUCCAAAUGAGGUAUUACUUCACAAUCAUCAUCAAUCACCAAAUAAUAAUGAAUCCAACAAUAAUACCAUUCAAAUGAUUCAUAAAAAAAUCAAUUUAAAUCAAGAAAUUUUAGCAUGGGAACAUGAACGAUUCUCUAUACAUCGUUUACCCAGUUUAACAUUAUCUAAUUGGCCAUCUGUACAAAUUGCAAAUCAAUGGCGUCAAACAUCUUUAGAUGGUAUUCAUAUUAUCAAUAAGAAUAAUAAUAAUAAUAAUCAUAUAUCAAUGGAUCUUUCUAAUCAAACUACUCUACAUUAUGGUACUGUUCAUUCAGCUGUAUUAGCUCGAAAUACUCGUGUUAUUUUAGAAGCUCUACUACGUGUUCUAUAUGAUAUACAUUCAAAUCAGUCAAUUAUCAUGAAUAAUUCACCAAUUGUUGAAUCUCAUUGGUCUAAUGAAAUCACAACAAGUACAUUAUUAGAUUUAAUUACUAAAACUCCUCGAAGUGCACAAUAUUUAACUUCCAAAUGGAUUACACAUUAUAAAUCUAUGGAAUAUAUCACUUCAACAGAUCGUAAAGAUUCUUUCAUCAAUAGAACAAGUAUUAUAAAAGAUUUAGAAUAUUAUUUAUCACAAAUGAUUGAUGAUGUUCAUUCAAUUCAAUAUUCAUUAAAUGAUGAAACUAUUAAAUCCAAUGAUAAAACAUCAUCUUCAUCUUCUUCUAAUCAUAAAAAUAAUCGUAUAAAAAGUAAUACUCAUUUAGAUUCUAGUGAAACAGAAUUCAAUUCAAUACCAUCAAUGAUUAUUACUUCAUUGGCAGCAUCUACAGAAAUAGAUGUUAUUUUAUAUACUGAUAUAAUUCCAUGUAUUAUGUCUGUUCAUAGGUAA